CUUCGACAAAUUUUUCGAUCAUAAUUAUACAUAUUCUUCUUUGUUAAUUACACGUUUUGCUUGUCACCGUUGACCCACUUUAAACUUGUCACUAUUUAAAGCUCCAUUUGCCGCCAACACGUCAUUUGUGGCGACAAUGGCAAAACUGGAGUACCUCACGGGGGCGACUUUCACCCUUAAAUGCGCGGUUUUGUACCCAAUUGACUCCAACAAUCCGAAAAUAAAAAAAAUCUUGUACGCAGUUUGGGCGAUUUUUUUCAUCCUAACUUUCGUAACCGGCUUUAUUCAAUGUUUUGUUUUCGUUUGCAUUAAUCCGUUCGAUUUGGUGCAAGAGGCUAUGAUUAUAAUGAGUUUAGUUUUUUACUCAACCACGUUUUUUUAUUUUAUAGUGUUUUACAAAAAUUGGCAAAAUAUGGUCGCACUUGUAACAAAUAUCAAUAAAAAUUUUCACAGGGCUACAGAUAAUGUUAUUGAAAAAAUUUCAAUGGACCAGGCGAGCGAAUUAUCCGAUAAACUGGCAUAUGUGUGGACUUCAAGCCUGGCUGUUGGUUCAGUGGUCCCUGUAGUUUUAGCCAUAGCGACUGGAAAUUUAGAAAUGCCAAUGCCGGCCUGGUUUCCCUACGAUUACAACAAAUCUCCAGUUUUUGAAAUAACAUACCUGUGGCAAGUUUUCUGUCUAAUAACCUUGGCAAUUAUUUACGGGGCCUCCGAUAUGUUUUUCCCUUGCAUAACAAUAAUAAUCGGACAACAGUUCAAAAUCCUGGCCAGCAAUUUCAAAAAUAACUUCUACACAUCGCUCAUAAAAUUAGGGGCCGAGGAAUCAAUCGUCCAAAACUUCAGCAAAGACAUUAAAACACACGAGUUUCGGUCAUUCUACAUAAAAUACGGUAAUAUUUUUAAAAUUCUAAACAACGCCAAAUUUCAGACUCUUAAUCGGGCGUUUCUGAAACGAAACAUAAAACACCACAAACUCCUGUUGAGAUUUUGCGAAGACUUGAAUAAAAUAUUGAACACAUUUUUACUAAUCCGAGUUUCGGCGAUCGUUUUCAAUUUGAUUUUCAUCGGUUUUAACAUCAUAAUUUCAACCGACAGGACCCUAAUGUUGGGUUUUUGCAAUUACUUUUGUUUCGGAAGCACCGAGCUGUUUAUACACACGUACAGUGGGCAAAUUUUGACUGAGAACGCUGAUUUUUUGUGGACUUUGUACGAAUGUCCGUGGUAUUUGUGCGACGUUACGUAUCAAAAAAUGUUGAUUCUUGUUCAAAUGAGAGUGAAAAGGAUGGUUUCAACCAAAGCUGGGAAUUUUUUCACGAUGAUUGCACCGUCUUUCAUUGCUUUUCAAAGAGCCGUGUUUUCGUACAUUACUCUGCUGAAGGAAGUGACUGAUUUGGGGAAAGAUUAAUCAUUAAAAAAGCACCACAAA